UCCUUGUCUUUCUAUGUGUUCACAGCGCUCUCCGGCUCGUCCUCAAACUCGAAAUACGACCCUGACCAAAUAAAAGUGGAAAUAGCUUGUAGGCGAGAACGGCUCUCCAGACUGAAGCAGGAGCUGGCCCAGGUGAAGCAGGAGCUGCAGUAUAAGGAAAUGGGAGUGGAGACCCUGCAGGAGAUUGACAGGAAGAUGUCCUGCAGUCAGACCAACUACAAGCUGGACGAGGCUCAAGCCAUCUUCACCGAGCUGCGGAGCAUCAAGAAGUCUAUCAGCACAGGCGAGAAGGAGAGGCAGGACCUCAUCCAGUGCCUGGCGAAGCUGACGGUCGACUUCCAAAGCAGCUCGUCUCUCCCCGACUCAGCCAGCGAGGCGGCGAGCAGCACCGGGGGGGACCCGUGCAGCCUGCAGCAGUACUGUGACACCGGCUGUCAGACGGACAUCAUGGGAGAGUAUGGUUCCCAAGAUUCCAUGCAUUUAGUGGACAAAGUGAAACUCAACUGGCAAUACGAGGAAGCCAAGAAAAAGGUGCAGAGUAUACAGCACCAGCUAGCACAGCUGGACAGUGAGAGCUGGUCGGGACGGGCGGAGGCCGACCGGGACCGGGACUUCAUGCAGCUCCUGCGUGAGAAGGAGGCCCUCCUGCAGGAGCUCAUCCUGGUCAGCAAGCAGCAGCACUCGCCAGAGACGCUGCUGCAACUAGAGGAGGAGCGCUGCCGGCUGGACGAGGAGGUGCAGAGGGCCCACAGCUCCCAGAGCCAGGGAGCCAAUCAGAGGAUCCUGCAGCAGGAGAAGAGGAACACUCUGCUGAGACAGCUGGAGGAGGCGACGCGCAUCACCACCUACCUUCACUCCCAGCUGAAGAGCCUGUCGGCAAGCUCUCUGACCGUGUCGUCCAGCAGCAGCCGCGGCUCUCUGGCCUCCAGUCGGGGCUCGCUGGCGUCCAGCCGUGGCUCCCUCAGCUCCAUCAGCUUCAGCGACAUCUACGGCCUCCCCCAGUACGAGCGUCACGAGGUGGCCGGGGAGCCACUAGACCCCCACCUCCGCUACCUGCUGCAACCAGAGACCGUGUCCAGAGACUGCUCCGUGUUCACUUCCGACCCCCUGUCCCAGAGCAAAGGCAAACGCUCCCACGACACGCCGCAGUCCCUGGCCUCGCUCUCCUCCCGCUCCUCGCUCUCCUCCCUGUCACCACCCAGCUCUCCUAUGGACACACCCUACCACUCGGCCCCCCAGGACUGCCCUCUCAUCCAGAUGACGGAGGAAUACAUGGAGCAGGCAGGCCGUGGCCUGUUAGAGGGGCUACGGGCCCAGUCCCAACCCCUGUCACACACCGCCGUGCUGAGCAGCGAGGACACGCUCAACGCCGCCGGCGUCCACCAACUGGACAACAAGAGCCACCGAGACAGCGGGACUCAGGGGGCUUUCUCCUCCACAGGGGUGACGCUGAGAGGAAACAGCGCCAACAGAAGUGGCCGGAGGGCCAGGAGAGUGUCUGCAGGUGUGUCGGAGGACGCUCUGGCCACGGACAGCGGUGUGUUCGAAGCCUGGGCCAGAAGGCCAGAGGAGUCCGAUGAGAUGUCCUACAUGAAAGAUCUGAGCGAGCCCACCCAGAUCCAACUGGGACUGCUGUGGGAGUCCAGUUCUCAGUCUCUCCGGCUCCAUCUGUUACAGCUCAAGAAUUUGAACAGGUCCAUUGUGAGAGACAGUUAUAAAGUGUAUGUGAAGGUGCACUUGAUCCCGCUGGACACCGGCAGGGCCUGUGCGUUUUACUGUUGUACGGCGUUGGAGCCGCAGUCCCAGAUGAGUUUCAACGAAGGCUUCCGCAUUCCUGUCCCUGCAAACGCCCUGGCGGUGUGUUCGCUGCAGCUGUCCGUCUGCUCGCUGGGUCCUCAGGCUCAGGAGGAACUACUGGGCACAGCCCAAGUCAGCCUGGCUGAUUGCGAGGGAAGUGCAGAGAUGGCCUACCACUGGCUGCGAGUGCAGAUGCUGAGCGGGGCGGAGCCGCCCAGGCCGGAACAGAAGAGCGCCAGCCACCGCAGACUCCCCAACAGCCAGGAAGACGAGCAAAGGCUCAGAGCCACGGAUCCUGUGUGCUCUCUGCUGUCACGCAACAACACUACCACCACCCAUCUGGAGGAACGGGAGGCCGCGCUAGAGCUGCAAAGGCUGGAGAAGAAGGACGAGCGGGGGGAGGGGGCAUCUGAGAGGAGUUGGCAGGCCGAGUCUGUGGACAGCGGCUGCAGCAACAGCACAGCGUUCACGGCUCCCUUCUCAGAGGGCCUGUGUGCAGAGGGGGUCUGCAUCCCCACCGGAGGGCGCUGUGAGCAGACAGUCAGCAAGCUGUGUACAGUAAAGGUGGAGAAAGCCACCAUGACGGAAGGCCUGUUACCAGAGCCGGUGCGAGUCUGGCCCAAAGAGAGGGGGGGUCGCUGGGGUCACGCCUCGCCAUUCAUGCGCGGAAGCACCAUCGUUCGCUCUCAGACCUUCUCUCCUGGCGCUCGUAGUCAGUACGUCUGCAGGUUAUAUCGCAGCGACAGUGACAGCUCAACUCUACCAAAGAAAUCGCCCUUUGUAAGGAACACGUUGGAGAGAAGAACGCUGCGAUACAAGCAGUCAUACCGCUCCUCCCUGGCCGAGCAGCCGACGCGUACCUCCCUGGACCUGGAGCUGGAUCUCCAGGCCUGCAGGACGCGUCAGAGGCAGCUGACGGAGGAGCUGACCGCCCUGAGGGAGCUGAAGCUGAGGCUGGAGGACCCGCAGGCCAAGGACACCACCGAAGUCCCCCACUGGGCCCUGAGGGACGAGCGCUUUCGCUGCCUGCUCAGAGAGGCCCAGAGACAGGCCAGCCAAAGCAAGCAGGAGCAGCGCCAGGAGGAGGCGGCAGAAAGGAGGCUGAGGAAGGCUUCCAAAGAGGUUCUGCAGAUGAGGGGGCAGAGCCAGAAGGAGCCCCUACCCGUGCAGACAUUCAGAGAGAAGAUGGCUUUUUUCACAAGACCAAGGUUCAACAUACCUCCUUUGCCAGCUGACGACGUAUGAGAGCUUGCCUCUGUAUUAUGUGACUUAACAUGAAGUAUUUGUCGGAUUUUAUGAGCUCAUGAAGUACAAAGUUCUACCAAGGGCAACACGCAGAUGAUGUUGAAGAUUAUAAGGUUUCACGUUUAUUCAGAAGUGUUUGUGCGUCGAUUCUUACAAACAAGGACCCGCUAGAAACAGACGACAGCGAUGUUCAUUUCCUUUUUGGGGAAGACGCCUCUGAAAAGGAAACCGUCUCUUUACUCCUGUAUGAGUUACUUCUGUUUGUGCUUACGAAAGGCUGGAAGAUGGGAUCAAAAGUCGGUUUGGACAAAUUCACUGUACUGUAACUUAUUUUAUAGUACUUUUCCUUGAAGGAAAUAAAAAAAUGCUUCCUGC